AUGGCUUUCCAAAGCUUGGAAGCUCUUGAUUAUGGAGAUGCACUAAACAAGUCCAUCUUGUUCUUCGAAGGCCAACGAUCCGGUAAACUACCGGUGAACCAACGUGUCACAUGGCGAGCCGAUUCUGCCCUCUCUGACGGUCAACCGGAUAAUGUGAAUUUGAUUGGAGGGUACUAUGAUGCCGGUGACAAUGUAAAAUUUGUGUGGCCAAUGUCAUUUACCACAACCUUAUUAAGUUGGGCCGCAAUUGAGUACCAAAGUGCGAUUUCAUCCGUAAACCAACUCGGUUAUCUUCAGUCUUCUAUCAAAUGGGGAACCGAUUUUAUCCUCCGUGCUCAUACUUCUCCCACCACGCUGUAUACACAGGUAGGAGAUGGAAAUUCAGAUCAUAGUUGUUGGGAGAGGCCAGAAGAUAUGGACACAGCUAGAACUCUCUACAAGAUAACUUCUUCUUCCCCUGGCUCUGAAGCCGCCGGUGAAGCCGCUGCCGCGCUUGCCUCUGCCGCAAUUGUUUUCAAACCUAUCGACUCUAUUUAUUCAACCAAUCUACUAAACCAUGCUAAAUCUGUGAGUAUCAAAACUAAACCCAAAAGAAUAUCUUAUGAUCCUGACAUUCAGUCAAUGAGGUGUAUACUGUAUGAUUGGUUAUUUGGUUUAACAUGGGACGAGUUAUUAUGGGCUGCGGCUUGGCUAUACAAAGCAACAGGAGAAAGUAAGUACAUGAGCUAUGUCAUAAGCAAUCGAGAUUGGAGCCAAGCCGUGAAUGAAUUCAGCUGGGACAAUAAAUUCGCCGGAGCUCAGGCUUUACUCGCAUCGUUCGUUAAAUUCUGUAACCAGAUAUAUUUUCUGUUUAAUUUAACGAAUCCUUUCCUGUUGAUUUAUUUUCUUAAGGAGUUUUACAAAGGGAAAACUGACUUGGGAAAAUUUAAGAGUGAUGUUGAAGACAAUAUCAACUUACAAUAUGUAACAACGGCAAUAACGGUUUUGUUUCACUACUCAAAAACUCUAACUCAAGCCCAAGUCGGUUCAAUCCAGUGUGGAUCAACCAAGUUCACAGUAUCUCAAAUUCAGAAUUUCUCUAAAUCACAGGUGGAUUAUAUCCUUGGAAGCAAUCCAAUGAAAAUGUCGUACAUGGUCGGAUUCGGAAGCAAGUACCCAACACAGCUUCAUCAUAGAGGCUCAUCUUUACCGUCUAUCAAAUCUAAACCGGAGAAAAUUGACUGCGGUGGAGGAUUUUCAUACUACAAUUCUGUUCAACCAAACCCGAAUGUCCAUACCGGGGCAAUUGUGGGCGGACCUAACUCAACUGACUAUUUUAGCGACAAAAGAUCAGAUUACUCCCAUACAGAGCCCACAACUUACAUCAACGCUGCCUUUAUUGGACCUCUAGCUGCUCUGAUUGGCCUGAAUUCCAGCUAG